AUGGAAUUGCUUGAGGAGAAGUACAACCACUCAGCUGAGAGGCUAGACAAGCCCUCGCAGUAUUUAAUCAAAAGGGCUGUGCGCAGACAAAACUUUGAUAACCUACAGAAAUCGUUACAUCUGAAAACUGUUUAUGUAGGUAACUUGUCCCAUUUCACCACAGAAGAACAGAUUCACGAAUUGUUCCUGAAGUGUGGUUCCAUCGAUAGAAUCAUCAUGGGACUCGACAGAAACAAGUUGACGCCCUGCGGAUUUUGUUUUGUAGUUUACAAGUUAGAAGAGGGUUCAUUAAAUGCUAUGAAGUUCUUACAAAAGACCAUUUUGGACGGUCAGAGUUUGUCAAUUGAUUUGGAUCCUGGUUUUAGAGAAGGAAGACAGUUCGGUAGAGGCAUUUAUGGAGGUCAAGCCAGUCAAGAAGCAAGUUCUGAAAACGGACAGAGGGGUGGCUUCAGAGGCAGAGGUGGAUUCAGAUCCAGAGGAAGAGGAUUUAGAGGAGGCCGU